CGGACCUUGAAGAGUUAAGGUCAUUGCUACGGUUAUCGGUUCAGUGCAGCUGUUGUUUAUGUAAUUAAUCUUGGCACGUGCUUCAGGCCCAGUUUGACGGUCAGUGCUUCUUGUGGGAACAAUCAAAAAUAAUCAGAAUAUGGCGUCGUCAAAAGGAGCACUCUAUCUGCUUCUAAUAGCCCUCACUUUGAAUCUUUCGCUCGGCAGUACGAAAUAUUACGUGAAAUUGCGAAAUGAUCCGUCGGAUGCGUAUAAAAUAAAAAACCCCUACGAUCUUCGUGUUCUCCAUUAUCCACUUGGUGGUGGGAGAGUGUCACUCCAAGAUGACAUUGGAGCGAGAAUUCAAGACGAGGAUCAAUCAGCGUCCAUGGAUUUCGGUCCGAAAUUGGAGAGAAGAAAUUCUUUCGAAGAAUCCUCCACCUUCAAUCCCGAUGUACUCAAUAAAUUUUUGGAAGAGUACGCGAGUAAAAUAAAAAGCACCACCGAGAGAAAUUAUAAAUAUCCAUUUAGAGUGAUGCCCGACGAGAAGCAGGCGAAUUUUGGCACGAAUAUCGAUGGACCACUCGAGAAGGAAGUCAUCUCGUCGGAAAUUGUCGUCAAUUUAAACACAUCGCAGGGGCAGCAGCAGCAGUUUAGCGAUUUGAACGAUACCUCGAAGAGAAACAGUUACUGGAGUGGUAGUAAUUCUCACGACGACAGAAAUGGAUGGGUGACUCUGGAUGCAGUUCCCUGGUCAAAGAGCAAAAUUUCUAAAUGGCAAGCUAAUAAUCCCACUUCACAACGGCCGUGGCCUGACUCUAAACCUUGGGACAAGCCGAAUAGCGGCAAACCGUGGCCAUCUGAUUACACGUCCAGGCCAACAUACGAAAACAAUAAGCCAUGGUUGAAGCCAAACUGGCAGGAGCAAUCAGGUGAAAAACCCUGGCUGUCAGAUCGACCAAAACCGAGUCAAUCGAUGAGGCCCUACAUCGACAGAUACGAGGAGAAUCCCGAACAGGCGCAAACUUGGCCACCAGAAAAUAAUAAUAACAACAAACCCUCGUGGAAUCGUUAUCCGGACAAAUAUCGACCGACUGGCGACAUUAUCACCGACGAGAGACCCUCGAAUUUCCCCAGCAAUUGGGAUCGACCGCAAAUGUCAAAGCCAAGUUACACAUUCCCCGACAGGUUCACAAUUAAAAAUGAAGAGGACAAUUGGAAGACACAAAACUAUAACGAUCGCCACGAUAAAUAUCGACCGAGUGAUUCAAAUGAUAGGCCACAUUUCUCACAGUAUCAAUAUCUAAAUGAACGUCCAGCGAAUCAUCCGGCGAGUGGCGAUGGCGAAUGGAUUUUGCUGUCGACAAAUCGUGGAUACUCGAAAUCGCGUCAGAGAUCAAUUAAAAUUGAUUCAAUUAAACCGGAGGGUCUGACAAUUGUCAAUGGAACGAAAAUACAGAAUUCGAAAGUCGAUGAAAAUGAUCCGCCUGUUCCUGUGAUGACUUCGAAACGACAGGUAAGAUUAACGGUACUCCCAUCGGUGAAUGGUACGAAUACAACCACAUCGCACGGUGGACUCCUUGAAGUUGAACGUACCUUCAAAACCGUUGAUCAAAGUCAAAAGGAAUAUGAAAAUAAUCGCAAGAGCAAACUGCAGCAAUCAUUAUUCGCAAAAAGACCAAUUAGAAAUACAAUUAAUGCUGGAAAUCCUUCCAAUUCGGCCAUAUUAGCAGCCGUGGGCGCCGGUAUGCUGCCAGCAACCAUGGCCAUGAUGAUUCCAAUGAUGUUAGGGAGAAGGAAAAAACGCGAUUUACAAAAUAAUAGCCAUUUGGAGCAGCACACAAUGACGAAGGCUUUUUAUCUCGAUCGACAUCUUAUGGACAAGCACUACGACCAAAGAACUAAGCUACUGAGGUUUUAGAUAUUUUUUUAGAUACUAUUUUAUUUUUUAUUUAUUGGCUUUUGGGGAGAUUUCAUUUAUUAUUGAAAAAACAAUUUGUGAUUUACAUGAGAUUCACAAGUUUUGAAUGUUCAAAUGAAGGAAACAUUUUUUCAU